AUGGGGCUGGCUGCUGACACGCUGAUGCCAGGCACUGCUGUUGACCGAAAGUUGCCGAGCGCUCACGGAGAUAGACGAAGAACUGCGGGAAGGGUCAAGUCGCGCGUCCCGAACUCAGGAGGGUCGCCAGGCGGAACUGCUCAGGGAGGGCGGAAGUGGGGGGCGGGACGGUGUCGUGUGGCGGAAGAGGCCCGAGGAUUUCCGAAGCGAGCGGAAGCGGCGCUGCCGGGGUCGGGACGAGCCGGAGGCGUGGCCGGGGCGUCCUCGGAGCCCGAGGCGGAGGCUGAGGCGCUGGCCGCGGCGCGCGAGCGGAGCCGCCUCUUCCUGAGCGGCCUGGAGCUGGUGCAGCAGGGCGCCGAGGCGCGCGUCUUCCGCGGCCGCUUCCAGGGCCGCGCGGCCGUGGUGAAGCACGGCUUCCCCAAGAGCUACCGGCACCCGGCGCUGGAGGCGCGGCUCGGCCGGCGGAGGACGGUGCAGGAGGCGCGCGCGCUGCUCCGCUGCCGCCGCGCGGGGAUAGCAGCUCCGAUUGUCUUUUUCGUGGACUAUGCUUCUAACUGCUUAUAUAUGGAAGGAAUCGAAGACUCGGUGACUGUUCGCGAUUAUAUUCAGUCCACUAUGGAGACUGAGAAAGACCCCCAGUGCCUCAUGGGCUUGGCCAGGAGAAUCGGGCAGGUUCUGGCUCGAAUACACGAUGAAGACCUCAUUCACGGGGACCUCACCACCUCCAACAUGCUCCUGAAACGGCCCCUGGAGCAGCUGCACAUUGUGCUCAUCGACUUCGGCCUGAGUUUCGUUUCGGGACUGCCGGAAGAUAAAGGCGUCGACCUCUAUGUCCUAGAGAAGGCCUUCCUCAGCACCCACCACACCGAGGCCGUGUUUGAAGCCUUUCUGAAGAGCUACGGUGCUUCCUCCAAGAAGUCCAGUCCAGUGCUGAAGAAGUUAGAUGAGGUGCGCCUGAGAGGGAGAAAGCGGCCCAUGGUCGGGUAGCCGUGAAGACUGUCUCACGGGGAGAACGCUGUGGACGAGGCUGGACCGCAGGCUGUGGGGUCUUACAGUAGAAUGCUGUGGACGAGGCUGGACCACAGGCUGUGGGGUCUCACGGGGAGAACGCUGUGGACGAUGCCGGACCGCAGGCUGUGGGGGUCUCACAGUGACAACACUGUGGAUGACGCUGGACUGCAGGCUGUGGGGUUGUGUUAAGUGGCCUGUGACAGUGCUAUCCCCCCCCCCCCCAUCAUCUAUGGUUCACUGUUCUCAGAAGCUUAAUGUACACAAGGCCUGUUCUAGGCAGAUUGGGGUGAGUAGCCCAGGCUGGCCUCAAACUUGCUGUGUAAUUGAGGGUAGCCUUGAACUGAUCUGCAUCAGUUGGAGUAUAGGUGUGUGCUGUUACCUGGUUUAUUGAUGCCCAGGGCUUCACACAUGAUAGGCAAGCACUCUACCAACUGAGCUGCAUCCCCCAGCCCUAGAACUGGGUGUUUGAGAUCAAUCCAAACAAGCGGCUUGUGGACCUCAUGCAUGGCAGGUGGCCAUGAGCGGGGAACAAUACUCCAGUCCUGAGGGGUAAAUGGGGAUUCAGUGUGGGAUAGCAUUUCUCUCUGCCCUCUAACCUGGUGGGGUUUCUGUGUGUAUGAAGACUUUAAAGCCAGUUUAGUUGGGGGGUGACCAUCACUUUCGGAGGGCAGAGUAGACUGACUGGGACACGGUGGACUGCUUUCUGAAGCUUGUUUCCGGUGUGUUAUUUUUACAUGGGUGUGUUUGGAGUUUGUUACAGAAGGUGUUUUGAGGGCCUGGAGAGGUGGUCUUGUGCUUGCUCUUCCAAAACUCCAGUUCCC